UGCAACAUAAUAUGCGGGCUCGAUGAAUAAUUUACAUCUAGCCUAGAUCUUGUGCUCUGGUGACUGGUGCAAGUGCAAGCCAUUGUUUGCAAUGAAUAAAAAUUGUAAAUUUGGACAACCGGCUCUUGCAGUGAAGCCUGCAGCUUCAAUCAUUCAAGUUCGAGACAAGGCUGUUGAAGUUAAGAUGGGUGUCUUUCAGUAUUUUUCUUAUGGAAGUAACUUACUGCGAGAGAGAAUCCUUAUACGUAACCCCACCGCCAAAUUUAAGUGUCUUGGAAAAUUGAAAAACUAUGCUUUGGAUUUUGAUACUCCACAAGGGUAUGACCAGAAGUACUGGCAUGGAGCUGGGGCCACUAUAGAACCAAAGGAGGGCAGUUACGUCAUGGGCUGUGUUUGGGAAAUUGAUGAAGACCAAACUGAUAACCUUGAUGCCCAAGAAGCUGGAUAUCAUCCAAUCUUUGUUGAUGUGGAUCUAGAGACCAAAGAGCGUGUUACUUGCCGAAGUUACCAGAUGGAUUACGAAACAAGGACAGGAGACCACCGUCCGAAUCCUUUCUAUCUUAAGGUGAUAGUGGAUGGAGCCAAACAGAACAACAUGCCGGCUGACUACAUUGCCUUCCUUGGAGAGUUCUCCACAAAUGGCAACCGAGACCCACCCCCAGUGUACCAUAAGGUCUUGGAAAUGAUAGAAAAGUUCCGGAACUCUGCUGAAGCGACAAAAGGUGGCAGCUGAUGGUCUGAGCAUUGUUUGGCCUGGGUUAAGUACUUUCAAUAUAUACAUGUACAGUGGAGUCCACUAAAGUCCUUUUAAACCAAACACACUUAUUAGUCUUAAUUUGAAAACAGCGGUAAACUGAAAUCCCUGAUUUUUUAUCGUCUCUGUCUUAGUAAGAAAACUAUCAGAAGCCAAAAUGCUCACAUUUCUAAAUCGAAAAAAAUUUCGAGGGUUAUAUCAGCAAACUCUUCACUAACAGCCUUCACAUAACUCAAAUCAUCAAGUCUUGAGUGCCUCAUAAUAAUGGAACAGAAGAAAGAGACAUUAGCACGACAUUGUCAGUGUACUGUGUGCCUGUGUUUAUCACCCAUCAAUAGGCCUCCGCUGUAUAGGCCUUGUAGUGCAAGGAUAGUGAAGGUUCAUCUGUCACGUGACCAUUUGUCGGCAUUUAAUAGCUUAUUGUCUCUGCAAAGUUAGAUAUUGUUUUUCCUUACACAUAAACGCCUGAUGGCAUGCAAUGAGUGUAUUUAAUGACGUCUCUGACUUUGGACUUUCUCAGAGCACAGCACAGUGUGCAGCAAAGUGUGCACUUGCAUCUUUGGUCUGUUCUGUGUGACUGUUUGGCAGAUAUAAGCAAGUUGACAAUAUCGAAGAGAAAGCACAAUGCUUACUACUUGCAGCUCAAUUUGUAGUUUAUAAAAGAGGUACCAUAAAUGGGAACAGAAGAGUUCAAAAAGUGAAGUUUGCCACAGGAAUGGCAUUCCCAACCCUAGGCCGUUGACAGUUUUGUGCAUUUCUCCAAGUCAAAAACAUGGCUAAAGCGAAGAAACUCUGGUGGUUCCCCAGAUUUCAGUUUAAGUGGAAUCCAUCGUAUAUGACGUACCAAAAUAAUAUGUGAAGAAUGCAAAUCUUUUACAACAGUCUUGUCCGUACAUAUUUAAUAUAAAGUGCUUAAAGUCAGGUUGUUUCUGGCCUUUUACUUACAGUUGAUAGCUGUGGCUCAGUUCUGUCUUUUGAUAUGUGGCUUGUUAAUGUUGCAAUAUGAGAAUAUGAAUAUUGGAAUGAACUUCUAUGUAUUUAAGAGUUUAUUAUUUUUUGUGUAACUAUGUUAUAGAUUUUAGCAUAUUCAAAGGCAGUAGGCCUACACUUUAACCUGUCCAGAAAGAUAAGUCAGUAUCACAGGGGACCGUUUUAAAGGAUAGAUGUGAUGGACAGAGUAAGAGUCUUGAGUUUGAUUUAUGGCCACUUACUAGAUUUGACAAAGUCAAUAGAUUGUUUAAAAUUUUAAAAAUCUAAAUUUAAUCUUUCCAUUUCAUUUGCAUUUGCAUAAAAUUAUUUUCUAUCGUAAGAGCUACUUUGCAUCAAACAUGCUUAGUAUGAGGAUGGGUCAGGGGGUGACUUCUAUAGCAAGAGCCUGCUAUAUGAGCAGAUUUUGAGGCUGACUUGUCUAAAAAAUGUCUGACCGUGGCUGCAUUUAACAGGGUUGUAAAUGUAAAAUGUGUGUGUUUUUACACCUCCAUCGACACAAAUGGCAGUUUUAUAUAAAGGUAACAUGCAAGGGCGUCAUGAAACGGUGGCCAUAAGUAUACAGGUGAUGGCUAUUAUGGAGUGGUGACCGUUAAGGCAGGUUCAACUUUUUUCACUGUUGAAAGAAAAAUGAGCAACUUGACUUGACCCUGCAAUGUACAGCAAGUGAUAAAAAAUUGAAUUUUUCAAAAUCAGCUAAGAAAUGUAACCGUCUUAUACACUAUACAAUUUAUGGAGAGUUUUUCAGUGAAAUGCAGCAACCCUUUGAUUGCUCGUGUAUUCACUCUCUUCCUUGUUUGAAGAUCUUUGUAAAAAUAAAAUACCUCUAUCAUAAUAUUAUAGCGCAGCAAACAGGCCCAAUUGCAAAUAUGUAUUGAUGAGAAUAAUAAAAAUACUCGGUGAAGAGGGUAUGACCAAAUUGUUUUUGUCUCCACACGUUUCUGACAUAUUUGAUAAAUAUAAGAAUAAUGAACAUUUUAUUAUUGUCGAAAAUUUCUACUCUCUUCAAGGAUGAUAUAUAAUUUUUAUAACUCUAGUUACCAUCUUGUCAUUGAUUGGUAGGAGCGUCCUAUCCGUGUGACCCCAUUGUAGUACUAUAUACGUAAUAGUAUAUAAACUUGACUAAUGAAGGCUGGCCACCGUACCAUAGUCGGUUGACAAAUUUGGUCUAAAUGUUAAUGUUUGACAUUAGAUGGUUGGAUACAUAUGAUUAAAUUAUAUCAUACUAUCGAAUGCAUCCCUGAAUUGUUUUUUUCUGUAGGAAAGCGUCCUGACCACAGCCCCAUUGUCGAAUUAAGCAACGUAAAUGUGUCAAGCAAGGCUUGAAGCUUCACAGUCACAGUGUGAUAAAAGAUGUUUUGAUUGUUAUGAGGUGGUUAAUUUUUUUGAAGAUAAUUAGGGAUCUCGUUCCUUUAUUGAAAUUGAAGCAACUUAAAAAUAAUAUAACAUCAGUUUUGCAAGUGGUCUUUCUUUAUACUGUACUUGCUGAUGUCUGAGAAAUUGAAAACUGAUCUGUAUACCUAGUCCACCUUCUGUAUUAAUGAAGUUCAUGAUGCCAUUUUUUGAGUGACAAGCUGAUUGUUGGUUGUUUUUUUCUGUGAUGAUUUAGUGUGCUUUUGUGCUAUAAUUUGAUGUGAUGGGACAGGUGGAGUUGGAGGUUUGGAAAGAUUUUUUGUCAUUUUUUGAAAAUUAAUUUUGUUGUUGCUCUGACUCUGACUCAUUUAUUAUUUCAAGCUUUCUGCUAAAAGCUGAAUGUGAUGUAAUAAAUCUGUUCAUCUUUAGUAAUAGUAAACUGACCUGAUGAUAAAUUUUGAAGCCCAAGACCACCUUGUUCGAAACAGGUAGACCUAUGUGGUUUAACGGUUAGCUUCAAAUAUAAUGGGUCAUUACUUACGGAUUUGAGGUCUAUGAGCCACAUUGUUUGCUUUGAAGUUUUAAAUCUACUUACAUUUGAUUUUUUAAUUGAAAGAUUAUCCCAAAUUUACCUUGUUUAUGUGUGCAGAGCUUCAGUUUUUUAAUUUUUAAUUUAGUUUCAAUGCAUAUUCUCAAUAACAUUUUUAUUUUAUGCAGGUUCUAUUUCUACAGAUUACAUUUCAUGUAAAAUUCAUGGAAGUGUGGGGGAUGUUGACCUUUUUAAGAGCUUUCAAAAUCAUGCCAUAAUCAAUAAUUAUUCUUGCAAGAUGAUGUUAUCAGUAUUUAUUAAAGUCACAUUCUAUUGUGUAC